GAGAUUGAACAGUUAGUGCAGAAACUUAAAGAUGAUACUGAGGCCGUGGAAGAGGUGCGUGCCAUUGUGAAACACGAAGAGGAGAUCAUGGCUGAAGAGACUCGGAUUGUGCAGGAAUACGCUGAGCAAGCGACCAAUGAACUGAACAACGUGCUUCCUAUUUUGGAAAAGGCCAUUGUCGCUCUCCAAGCCCUGGAUAAGAGCGAUAUUUCAGAGAUCAGAGUCUACACCAGCCCACCAACACUGGUUCUCACAGUGAUGAAUGCAGUCUGUGUAUUGCUGCAGAAGAGCCCUCAGUGGACCACAGCCAAGCUGCUGCUCGGAGACCCCAGCUUCCUGAAGCACCUCCUCAAACUGGACAAGGAUAAGAUUCCCGAAAAG